AUAUUUAGAAUUCAUUUAAAGCAGUACUUUCAGUUUUUCAUACUGAGAAUCAUUAGUUUCUCUUUUCUUUCUUUCUCUCUCUCUCUCUCUCUCUCUCUCUCUCUCUCUCUCUCUAUAUGCCUAGCCUAUACACCUAUACAGACUUGCAUCGCCAGUCUCAAGUUGCCAGUCUUGAUGUCUAUGGUCUUGCUAUUACUUGAGCAAAGAAAGACAACUCUACAGAAAAAAAAAUUGGAAUAAGAAAAUUUUUCAAAACGAAAGUAGGAACUUCCAAGCACGCUGGCGGUGGUUGGAUGCAAACGCUGAAACGUACGACUACAAGAUUCCAUGAGAGUAAAUAAACAACAUGCCAAAAUCAAAAAGAGGUCGACCUAAAUCUGGAAAAUCUGACAAACACAAUGCUCCAAAUCCGAAAGCUAGAACCAAUUCUGCAAUGUCAAAGGCCUCAGUAGAUCCUGACCCAGGAGACCAUGAAGGCACACCACCUUCCAAAGAGCAAGGAACUCAGGAGCAACUGGUGGAAAGAGAUUCAGUGCAGUUGAAUGAUUUGAAGGAAGAAAUGGGGGAGGAAAAUUUAUGUGAAGAGCAUAGAAUGGAUGGGCAGGCUAAUAAAAAGAAGAAAAAGAAGAAAAAUAAACAACAGCAAAAAGAUGAAAUUGAUGAAGUAGAUAAACAAGUUGAAGACAUUAAGAAACCUGAUAGCCCACAAGAAAAACUUUGGAAUAACAUUGAAAAGUAUUGUAAAGGUUGUCCUGAACCCAUUUACAGUUUCUUUGACAAGUUAGCCCAUGGAAAACACUGGACAUUUUUGAAGGAUUUGAAGAGUGAGGAAAUAAGCUGUGUUUUGGAGUUAUGCAAGUGCUCAGACUCGCAAGAAAAGAAAGAGCAGACGCAACAAGUCCAGCAGAGAGGUAAGAGAGGAGAACCAAAAGGAAAGAGAAGUGAGAAUAAUGUAAAAGAAGAAUCAAAGAACCAUGCAGAUGACAUUGAUGGAUUAAGGAAAUGCUUGAAAGACAAGGAUAGUGAUGUUGACAGACUUAAAACAGAAAACUUUCAUAUCAAACAGAAUUCUGAAAAAAUUUAUCAACAGUUGAAGGUCAGAGAUGAAGAAUUUCUUCAGCUCCAAAAUGAGUUUCAUCAGCUCCAAACUGAGUAUCAUAAGGUAGAGCAGAAUGUCAGCAUUCUUCAUGGCCAUGUGAAAAUGGAACAAGAGAAAUACAAAAAUCUGGAGGAGGUCAACCAAGAGAUUGCAGAGGAGAGGGAUGAGUUUAAGGACAGAUUCAGUAAAUUGGCCGGGGCUAAGCUGACUGCAGGAAAUGCCUGUAUUCAGGACCUAAGUGAUGUAAACCGUCCCCAGAAACUGGCAGAGAAAUACUCUGAGCUCUAUGACAACGAGUGGACGGAUGCACUAGAGGAAAUUCAGGACAAUACAGAUUUGGAUGAAAAAGCAGCUGUUUUGCAAUUAUUGGAAUUAUUUCAAAUCUGUGUUUCCUUCUGCCAGUUGAAAUCAGAAGAACAAGAGUUGGGGAUCAUAUCUGCUGUCAAGGAGGCAGUUGAACUGAAGGGGAAAUUUCUAUGCAAUGGCUCACUGGAUGAAACUGAGCAGCAAGAAGCUGAGGUUCAAACUUUAUCACCUACUGAUUCCAAAAUGUUGAAAGACUUUCUCAAAGCUAAAGGUGCAACUAGUCUAACAUUUAUACAAAAGAUGUUCCAGACAGAUGAACCAAAGUAUGCGUCAUCAGGGCCAAAAGUCCAAGCUUUCCUUCAUCAGAGUCUAGAAGUGUGCUGGUACUCGGCUAUACAAGAUCCAGCACUGGCCUUUGAUUGGAAUUUCAAAGAAGGCUCUGAAAUGAUUGACAAGUAUGUCAAGGUAUUCACAAAAUCGGGAACCAAAGUUGAUUAUGUCGUGUGGCCUGUUUUGAAACUGCAUGCAGAUGGUGAUGUUUUAUGCAAAGGUGUUAUCCAACCGUUCCCGGAAGGGAAAAAGAAAAAAAAGAAGGAUUCUAAAUAGUUGAGAAUGUAGUUUAGCUUAUCAAUUUGUAAUAAAUUCAGAUUGGAACUUUUACAUCAUUUCAUUAGAUAUGUGUAAAAUAGAUUAUAUUUAAUUUGAUUAUUUUUGUAUAGAUGUGUUUUUAUAUAAAUAUAUAAUUUUAAAUGCUGUUUCUCUGGUUGUAGGAAAUCUGGGUCUUCUGAUUUGGGGCCAAUGUGAAAUGGGGGGGGGGGGGGGGGGGCAAGGUGGUGUUACUUGGGAAAGAAUUGUUUUAUCAAAUUAAUAUGCAUAGAAUUUACUGGUGAUACUGAAUGUAUCGCAAAAAAAAAAAAAAAAAAAAUUUGCAUUUGCACCAGGAACUUAUGCAAGUAUAUUUUUAUAAUAUAAAAGUACUUUGAAUAGUAAUGCAUAGUUUAUAGAUAAGAAUUUUGAGCAAACAUUACCGUUAGAGAGCUGUAUAUAAAUGUAAAUUUACAGUGUGUGUAAUGGUAAGAAUAAGGUUUUUUAUGUUGUUUAUGAAUUAUAAAAUCUGUUUUAGCUCACCUGAGCCAAAGGAUCAAGUGAGCUUUUCUGAUCAAAAUUUGUCUGUUGUCUGUUGUCGUAAACUUUUCACAUUUUCGACUUCUUCUCAAGAAUCACUGGGCCAAUUUCAACCAAACUUACCACAAAGCAUCCUUGGGUGAAGGGCUUUCAAGUUUGUUCAAAUGAAAGGCCAUGUCCCUUUCAAAGGGGAGAUAAUCACAAAAAUGCAAAAAUAGGGUGGGUCAUUUAAAAAUCUUCUCAAGAACCACUGCGCCAGAAAAGCUGAAAUUUAAAUAAAAGCUUCCAGACAUAGUGCAAAUUCAAGUUUGUUCAAAUUAUCCCCCCGGGGGUUGGAUGGGGCCACAAUAGGGUUUUCAAAGAAUAAGGUUUUUUAUGUUGUUUAUGGGGAUCAAAGUUUUACAUACAAAUAUAUACAGAAAAUCUUCUUCUCAAGAACCACUGAGCCAGAAAAGCUGAUAUUUACGUGAAAGCUUUCUGACAUAUUUCAGUUUGUUAAAAUUAUGGCCCCCAGGGGUAGGAUAGGGUCACAAGUUUUGCAUACAAAUAUAUUUUUAAUCUUUAAAUAUGAGCCAAGGUGACUCAGGUGAGCGAUGUGACCCUUGGGCCUCUUGUUUAAUUGAUGUUAAACAUUCCUAAUUAUUCAGAAGUUCUUUUUUGUUUUGAGUGUUUAUACAAUCAAAGAAGCCAAACUAAUUUUGUUGAGAUCUUUUUCAAAAUUGUUUACCAAGUGUGUCAAAUCCAAUAUCUCACAAUGACAUUUUAAUGUAGUGCUAAGUUUCCUUUUUGAAAAGAAAAUCAUAAUACAUAUCUAUUUUUAUGGCGACAUCAAAGAAGUUAAAAAUAACUACUUCCUACGAACACUAUGAAGAUUCUAGAGCUGAACAUGUACAUAUUCUGAGGGUUGAAUUAUCAGUGGUAGUAGUAUUUCUCAGCGAACUGUGUUGUCCUUCUUAUUUAAUGUUAUUUGUAACAGUGAUCCAUUUUUCAGCUGAUCAGAGAGCAUGCAAUUUAUUUCUCACUUUGAUGAUGUGGAAUGAGUGAUUUAGAUUAUAUAUAUUUUUUUAUCGAGACUAAAUUGUUAGAAGAAUGAAAUAUUUGAAUUAUUUUUAUACAGAUUUAUGUGUACAUACAUUGCAUUUGUAAGCAAAGUCCCUUUUUUCCCCUCAUUAUUAUGAUGUGCAUGCUUUGUAAUACAUAUAAUUUAUUUGAUAUUUGAUAUAAAAUUAUUGAUUUGGUACAAUUGCAGCACUGGCAAAAGUUGUUUUAUUUUAUUAAAUUUGCAAUACAUGUACAUAGAUUUUAAAACAAACUCUAAUCGGACAUAAUUAAUUAAGCUUUGGUACUAAUUUUGUUUAAAAUGCUUUUAAAAUUUGAAUAUUAAAAUAUUAUGCAAACUGGUUUGAUAUACUGUGAAAUAAAGUUCAGGUACCUGUA